AUGUCUUUCAACUGCUCCACAAGAAAUUGCUCUUCCAGGCCAAUUGGAGGACGCUACACUCUCCAGGCCCCAGUUUCUGUGGCCACAAACCAAGAUGUUGACUGCAUGAGUGGCAUCUAUUUGCCUAGUUCCUUCCAAACUGGCUCUUGGCUCCUGGAUCACUGUCAGGAGACCAGCUGCCAGCCCACUGUUUGUGAGCCAACAUGUUACCAGCGAACUUCUUGUGUCUCCAACCCUGUCCAGGUAACUUGCUCUCGACAAACAGCCUGCUCGACUCCUUGCAGCCGGCCACUCUCCUUUGUCUCUAGUGGUUGUCAGCCGCUGGGAGGCAUUUCCAGUGUGUGCCAGCCAGUUGGAAGUGUCUCCACUGUCUGCCAACCUGUGGGAGGAGUCUCUAAUGUCUGCCAACAAGCCUGUGGGGUCUCCAGGACAUACCAGCAGUCGUUCCUGUCCAGCUGCCGAAGACCUUGCUAA